AUGUCCUCCGUUACCACUGGCAGCUCUUCCUAUGCUGCAGUGUUAUUGGUGCUGUUGUUAACAGUUACGCAAUGCGGAAAUUCCAAGUUUCCAAAUCUUCACUGUGACAAUGUCUGGGAUGGGCCCAGUGCUCAAAAUGACCCUCUUACGUGCAUUAAGGACAAGAAACGUAUCUUAUCUCAUUGGGAGGAUAUUUUUGUUCCAGCCUUGGCUGCUCUAUUACUCGUGGCAACAUUAGUUGCUUUCCCCAUAUCUUGGUUCUUUACAUGCCUGUGUUCCUCCCGCUGCAAGUCUUCCUCUAAGGACGGAGGUAAGGAACAACGUUGCUGCCUUUGGAUGUGGAUUAUGUUUGCUUCAAUAUGGGCUUUUGGUGUUGCUGCAUUUGUGUUCUUUGGAGCCCGGCAGCUUGAGACAGCUGCCACUACCCUCAUAAUGAAAACGGUGGAAAAUCCAAUAAAUUUCCUAGACUGUACUGCAGAUAAGAUUCUUAAAUUAGCGUUUGACUGGGGUAAAAAUCAGUCGUUACAGGAGGGAAUUAGUCGCGAAACGAUAGAUAGUGUUCUUGGUCUUGCUAGGGGUUAUAUUGAUGAGGGGAGGGCAGCUUACAAGCAGUAUAUGCGCUGGAUCCCCACUGUUUCCUUCUGCAUCGGAACUUUUGCGAUUUUAGUGAUGGUUCCCAUGUUUGUGUUCGCUUACUUCCGCUGCUGUAGCAAGUGGUUACCGCGGUUGCUCUCGUGUGUAUAUUGGCUAUUUGCAAUCCUGUUUAUGGCGCUUGGUUUUCUCAUGAUUCUGUUGUCGUACGUCAUCGGCACUAUCUGUGGUGAAGUUGCUUUGCACUACGAUCGGAGCCCGGGAUUGAUUCAGCUGUAUGCUUUACCCAUGUGUCAAGAAAAGUUUAAUUUUGCGAAUCUUAACGAGAUGAUUUUCAAUGCCCAGAAGGAUGUGUCGCAGAAGGCAUGUACAAAAAUUCUCGAGUACUGUGAUAAUGACACAUCACAACUCGGUGAUAUAACUGGUGUGGGAGGAGUGGCUGCCCUUCUUGGAAGGAAUCUCCCACCCGGAUUGGACCCAAAGGCUCUCCCACCCGACAUGAAACCAGAGGACUUUGAAAACGAAAAGGAGUUGGAAGCUAAAUUUGGACCCAACAUACCCGGAGUUACCAGCAACGUCAGUAAUAAAGCCAAUGUUACUCUUGGUGCAGCUGGGGCCGACGCGUUGCAGUCCCGUUUUCCUGGCAGCGGGAAUUUAAUACCCGCUACAACUUCUCAGUUUCUAGGCCUGCCGCUUGGUCCUAACAAUAAACCGCUCAAAUGUGGAAAAGGUCUUCAGGAUGCCACUGAAUGUUCGAGUUUUGGUUUUACUGCCGCUGUCAUUAGUGACACAAAGGUUAAGGGGGGUUAUCUGAUUUGCCCAGGUGAUGGCAGGGCGUGCACUCUGCAAGAAUGCGCAGAGAAAUGUAGGGGAGAUGAAGCUAAAGGUAUGGCGGGUACACUUGUCACCGUUGCGGGAUUAGCAACUAAUGUAAGUAUUGCACUUUCCAUUGGUCGCCCGCUACUGGAAUGCAACUUCAUAUUUGAUACUUUGCUGACAGCUCUGCCCCACUGUGGAGAUUUCUUUGGUAGUGCGAUGAUGCUUUCGGCUGCCCUUUUCUUGGGUGGUAUGAUGUUUGCGCUGUCCAUCUAUAUACUACUUCGUGGUUCCUGUAUUUGGAGUGAUCCAGAAGGUUGCAACAAACUAAAAGAUGAAGGGGAUUUGAGGGAGAAUAAGGAAUACGUUCGAGAAUGA